AUGGGUUUCUGCGGUGAAGGCAGGAGAUCUGAGGUCCAGAAGAGACCUGAUGAGAAGUCUGAGCACCGGGCCCAGGGAGCCCCGCCCACACGAGACCCCGCCCACCCCAAAGCCCCGCCCCCACCGAGCCCCUCCCACCCAGAGCCACGCCCGGCUCAUUUGAAUAGCCCGCCCUCCCAGACCCCGCCCCGCCCUAGCCCCGCCUUCCCAGGGCUCGCCCCCAAGCUCUCCCCGCCCCGAGCCACAGCCCAGCUGAGAGGUACGAGCCAGGCCCCGAGCAUCACCCACGCAGCCAGACAGAGAGAGAAAAGGAGACAGGACCGGAAGGGAGCCGCGCCGGGUUACUCGGGGGCAACGGCGUGCGCACGUGACCGGAAGUGGAGCGACGUCACGCGCCGGCGAGCCGGCGAGCCAGCCGCGCCCCCGCCCUGCCGGCCCUCCCGGCCUUCGGGGCCGUGCGCAGCGGCGGCGGGAGCCACGCCCCUUCGCUUCCCUUAUGAGGCCAGCGCGCCGCCCUCUUGCUGCCAGGCCCCGCCCCUCCCGCCCUUCCAGGCCGCCGCCGCGCCUGCGCGUGGGCUUCCGGCCCCGCCCGCGGGGACGCGCCUAAAGCCGCCGCUGCCGGGCGAGCGCCUCAGAGCGACUUCCGCCGCCAUGCUGGGCCUGACGAGAAACGCCGUGGUGGGCCUCAACCUGUACUGCGGGGGCGCGGGGCUGGCGGCGGGCGGCGGCGGGCGGAAGGAGCCCCGCGGAGGCCGCAGCGACGCCGCCGAGGGCCCCGACGCCGCGACGCCCGCGCGGGGCUGGCUCUUCCGGCCGGGCCGCUGCUCGGCGCCGCCGCCGCUGCCUGAGGAGGCCGCCGCCGCCGCCAUGUUGUCGCCCGAGGCGGAGCUGGACGGCGACGAGCCCGCGCUGCGGCUGGCGGGGGCCAAGGCGGAGGCGGAGGCCGGGGCGGCGGGGGGCGGCGCGGACGGCGACGGCGACGCGGACGCGGACGCGCUGUACCGGCUGUCGCUCGACAUCAUCUCGCGCUACCUGCGCGAGCAGGCGUCGGGCCGCAAGGACGCGGCGCCCCCGGGACCCGCCGGCCGCAGGGCGCUCGACACGCUGCGGCGCGUGGGCGACGGCGUGCAGCGCAACCACCGCGCGGCCUUCCAAGGCAUGCUGCGCAAGCUGGACCCCAAGGGCGAGGCGGACGUGCGGGCGCUGGCGCGCGUGAUGGCGCACGUGUUCAGCGACGGCGUGACCAACUGGGGCCGCGUGGCCACGCUCAUCGCCUUCGGCGCCUUCGCCGCCAAGCACCUGCACAGCACCGGCCGCGAGCGCUGCGUCGAGCCCCUGGCGCGCAGCAUCGCCGACGUGCUCGUGGGCACCAAGCGCGACUGGCUCGUCCAGCAGCGGGGCUGGGAUGGGUUUGUGGAGUUCUUCCACGUAGAAGAUCUAGAAAGCGGCGUUAGGAAUGUGCUGCUGGCUUUCGCCGGCGUCGCUGGAGUCGGGGCUGGUUUGGCGUAUCUGAUAAGAUAGCCUUUAAGUGCAAUCAUUGACUCUUACCGACUCCGGCCGCCAAAUCACAUAAGACUGCUGUGAAAUCACAUCUAUUUAUGAAGUUGAACUUCAAGCUGCCCAGGCUGUAACCUCCAAGAGUUCUCUAGCCGAGUAGAAAGAACAGCGAGUGGCAAGAGGACGUGGCCAACAGGAAUAAAGGCAUGGGAAAAUAGUCCCCCUUGAAGAGUCACUGUGUGAAAGAAGCCAAGUUCCAUUCUGGCAGGCGGCACACUUUAGAGCCAUAGCGGAAAACUUAGGAGAGUUAAUGAAACUGGUA